AAUCUGCUUACUAGGUGUUGAUCAUGUUAGUUAGGGCAUACGUAUAUCAAAGUGUAGUAUGUUUUGACCUAUAUUGAUAAAGUAUUUGUAAUAUUCAGUGGAAGAGCCUCAUUUACACUACGUCUAGAUUGAUUGAUUAGUCAUCACACUUUAUGAAUUUCCAUACUUCGACUUUCCGCCACUUUGUUUGUACUAAUGACUUGCCGUAGUGACGUAGAGUCUCCGUUCUAGUUUGAUGGCGGCAGUCAUUUGACCGAAAAGUUUUCGAAGUGGAAAAUAAGUAUUUUUGUCUCCUGCUUCUUCAAGUGAAAUAAAUACAUUUGGGCUAGCUAGGUUUGUAUGAGACGUAUCUAUUUACAUACGAAAGAAGAGAAACAGCAAACGGACCAUGUAAUCAAGCGUACCAUCUGCCAGUCGUACAACUGCAAGCUAGCUAACGUCAAAUCAUGUAGCUAGCUAACUAGCAAAAACCAUGUAGCUAGCUAACUAGCAAAAACUAGCUAACUAGCUAGUAACUUCUAGCUAACGUUAGCUAGCUUAGACGACCUAUCACUAGCUCAAAGUUUGCUGUUAGUUCAAGGUGGCUAGCUAGUGAGUGACAUUUUUUUCGCCAUGGUCUUGCAAUCUAGCUAGCUAAGUUUGCUUCAUGGAAAGGUUUUAAUUGCCUCUGAACUCUUAACUAAUAACGUUACCAGCUGUAACAAACUGUUAGCUACUCUUACAUAUCAAAAUGUUUCGCUUACGGUACUGUGUCAGUCACUGUCUGCAUGCAGCGAUGACCAGACUGGAGGAGGUCAACGGAGAGGUCAACAUGUGGUCCUCUGUCAGAUGUCUGGGCUACCUGUCUGGUCUGAACCUGCUUGUGGCUCUCUGCCUGGGGCUCUAUGUGCGAUGGGAGAUGACUGAGGAACCCAUGAUCCUCAUCAUAUUUGUUCUGGCCCUGUUUGUCCUCGGUAUAGCAAGCAUACUGUACUAUUACUUCAGCAUGGAAAGAGUCAGCCUGAGCCUCCUCCACCUGUGGUUUGGCUUCCUGCUUGGCCUCCUGUGUUUCCUCAACAACCCCACUCUGGAGAGCAACAUCAAAGAGCAAGCCACCAACUACCUCCUGCUGGCCAGUGUUGUCUUGAGGACACUGUGGGCUCUGCUGGAGAGGAUGUGUGGCUGCACCAGGUACCGCCCUGCCUUCCUCACCUCAGCAGAGGCCCUGGAGCUAGCAGGCUUUGCCAUUGCCAGUACUGUCUUAUUCAUCCAGAAGUCCAUGAGCGUAGUGGUGCUGGUGGUGGCCCUGGCUACUCUGAUGGUGGCCCUGCGCAUGAAGGCUCUCCUGGCCCUGCCCAACCUGGUCUGCUUCUCCAUCAUCACUGCGGUGCUGUUCUUCAAGUCUCUGGGCAUCACCACCAACCCCUUCGCCCUGGCAUGUUUCUUCAGCCAGCUGAUCUGCGACCCCUUGCUGGAUGUGUACUUCAGUGGGCUGUCGGUGACCGAGCGCUGGCUGCCCUACCUUGCCUGGAGGGGGCUGUGGCGCAGGCUGUCCCUCCUGCCUUUGCUGCUGGCGGAGGUGGGCUUCUGGAUCCUGGCAGCCCUGAAGCUGGUGGACCUGGACCGGUGGUACCUGAUGAUUCCGGGCUUCAUGCUGAGUGGGGUGUUCUGGGCCAUCUGUCACGUGGUGUUCAUCAUCACUCUGUGGGGCUUCCACACCAAGCUUAGUGACUGCCAGAGGGUGUGUCUGGCCCAGGGAGCCGGGAGCAGCUGCCUAGACAAGGUUAUGGCCUCUAAAGGAGUCAGACACUUCUGUCUCAUCUCUGAACGCCUGGUGCUCUUCAGUCUGGUGUCCACUGUCAUCUUGGCUGCUUUAUCAUGGCAGUCCUCCAGCAGUAUCUUUAUGAGUAUGCUCCUGCUGGUCCUGGCUCUGGAGUCUCUGUUCCACGGCCUCUUCUAUGAGCUGGGGAACUGCCUAGGCGGCACAUGUGUGGGGUAUGCAGUGGUCAUCCCCACCAACUAUUGCAGUCCUGAUGGGCAGCCCACUCUGUUACCUCCGGACCAGGUACAUAUGUUGAACAUGCAUUCCACGGGCAUGUUGAACAGUAUACAGAAUUUCUUCUCCCACCACAUGAUCGAGACGUUCGGCUGCGACUACUCCACCAGCGGGGUGACUCUGGAAGCCCUACAGGUGAAGCUCAAAGCCUUCAUGGAGCUCUGCACAGCCGAUGGGCCUCGCCACGACACCUAUGUGGUGUUCUACAGUGGGCAUACCCACCGCAGCGGGGAGUGGGCACUAGCAGGGGGGGGCACCCUUCAACUGGAUAAGAUCCUGGAAUGGUGGAGGGAGAAGAACAAUGACUCCUGCUCCCGCCUCAUCCUGGUCCUGGACAGUGAGAACUCCCUACCCUGGGUGAAGGAGGUAAGGAAGGUGGGGGGGCUUUAUGUGGCGGUGCAGGGGGCACAGCUAGCCCGAGCCACGGAUAUUGAGCUCCAGGACACCCCCCAGCUUGGGGACUUCACCUCUCAGUGGGUGGAGUACAACUGCAAUGCAGACAGCACUGUCCAGUGGUCAGAGAGGGGAAGGACUGUCACCGCUGCCUACGGCAUCUCUAAGCACUGGAGUGAUUACACACUGCACCUGCCCACAGAAAGUGAUGUCACUCAACACUGGAGGAUGUACUUCCCCAGGAUGACCUACCCCGUGGUCCAGUUAGCGCUCUGGUGUGGGGGGCUGAACCUGCUUUGGUUAUGCAGUGUCUGCCUACGGUGCCUCAAAAGGGUCAAACUCAACUGGUUUCCCCCAGCCAUACUAGACACUGGCCAAGGAUUCAAGUUGGUCAAAUCUUAGAAAUUCACCUCUAAGAAUCAUACUGUCUAAGGCUUCUUCACUUUGUAUUUACAUGUUUUUCACCGUACAGAAAUUUUUUCUAAAUCAGUUUUUGUAAUUGAUUGAUUGCGUGAUAUUAAUCGCUGAGUUUUUAGGACCCUCAGUGAAGGCAGCUGUUGAUUGUGAAAUCUUAAAAGGAUACUUCGGGUGUUUGGCAAUGAGGCUCUUUAUCUACUUCCCCAGAGUCAGAUGAACUAGUAGAUAUCAUGUCUCUGUGUCAAGUAUGAAGGAAGUUAGAGGUCACUAGCAUUAGCACAAUGAGUGGAUGUCUAUGGGUAUCUGCUAGCAUGCUGAAAUCCCAAGGUUUCCCUUUAAUGACUAACUAGACAGUUACAGAUAGUGUGUGUGAGCUAUAUGUUUUCAUUAUGUGUGCUAAAGUACUAAGUUACUGAUAUGAGGUUCCUGAUUUUGAUGUACUAUGAUAUUUUGAUGUAGUACUACAUAUUUCUUUCCCAAAUUAUUGUUUGGCUAUUCCUUAAGUCAUUCUAUAGAUUCAUUAGUGGUGGUUAUUUGAUUUGAUUAGAGUUUUGUUUUAAAUCAUUUCAUUUCUAGUCUUUUGGUGGGUUUAUUGGGGUAGUUGUACCAUUCUCUGAACUCCAGUUGUACCGGCUUAUUCCCACCUUUUAAAAACUUUUCUCUUAAUUCAAUCGCUCUAAAAAUUCUAAUUGAAAUGUAUACCUCUUUUUCCCUGUUUAUCACAAUUUCAGGCUGAGAAGCCCUGCUGCUGUAGUGAAGUGGUAUCAUAUUGUCACUCUCCCAGAUUGGAUUUUCAAACAACAAAAAGUUGCAGUGGUUACACUGAUUGCACCAUUCAUCUAUUAUGACCAAUGCAAGCCCCCAUCCAGCUUUGUAAAUCUGAUAUUUUUCACAAAUGGCCUUUUGUCCCUGUUUAAAAAAGGAUAUCAGGUUACUAAGAUAUUGUAUUACGAUAAUAGUUAUUUCAUUUAUUUUCAAGAGUGGAAUGUGGAUUUCUAAGUCGAUACUUUCAUAUUUGAUUGCUAUCCAUGCGUUUCCAUACAUCUAGGCCUAUUUGUAUAUUCAGCUUUUAGUUAACUACUUUAUGUCAAAGCUUUGAAGAGUAUUGAAAGGUUGCUGGAUCGAAUCCCAGAGCUGACAAGGUAAAAAUCUGUCGUUCUGCCACUGAGCAAGGCAGUUAACCCACUGUUACCCGGGCGCCGAAGACGUGGAUGUCGAUUAAGGCAGCACUCCACACCUCUCGGAUUCAGAGGGGUUGGGUUAAAUGCGGAAGACACAUUUCAGUUGAAUGCAUUCAGUUGUACAACUGACUAGGUAUCCCCCUUUCCCUAUCACUGCUGUUUCACAUCUGCUACUCAUUUAUUUUGUAUGAAUAACUUUGUUUGUACUGCUUUUGGGACGUCUGGUAUCUACCACAAUUACUUCAGGGAAUCUGAGGGUUGUUACUCUACCUAUACUGAUUGCACUACCUGGAGGAAUAUGGACCCAAUGUAGGAUGUGAUCUUGCAUUUAUGCGUGAUUGUAUUCUGGGGUUUAUCAUAUACAGUGAUUUAGAUAUGCAAGCUUAGCCUAAUCAACUGUGUGUAUGGAAAUGUUUUAAUCUUAAGCAUUGACAGAAUUCUCAACUAUGCAAUAAAAAUGGAGAUUUCAGUGUUUUUAAUUGA